UAGUCAACGAUUGCUCCUUUGAACGUUAAUACAGGAUCGGGUUCGAACUUAAAAUAAUAAGGGUUCGAUAUUCGAAAUUUAAAAGUUUUAUUUUUAUCGACAGCCAGUGAGUGGAUUAGUGACAUUAAUUAAAGUUAUCGCAUCACAAAACAGUUAUCAAAAUGGCGACGAAUAUAACUAUGUUUUUAAUCGUCAUUACCCUCACGUCAGUAGCAGCGCAGACCUUCCAGUACUCGAGGGGAUGGACGAACGGUAAAAGGGACGGCCACAAGACAGAAGAUAUUAGAGAUCUUACCAACAACCUGGAAAGGAUCUUGAGCCCAUGUCAGAUGAACAAACUCAAAUAUGUGCUCGAAGGGAAACCUUUGAAUGAAAGGUUACUCGGUCCCUGCGACUACAUUGAAGACGAGGUCGACAACCAACCCAAGCGAUACAAACACGAGCGCAGUCAAGACACCUUGUUCGACGCAUUUCAAUAAAUAUUGCUAUUCUUUUAGUUAUUAAAAAAAUGUGCCAAAGAAAAUUUGACAUUAAAUAUAUUUAUUAUUGUUACUUCAUAUACCAUCUUCGGUAACCGUAUUUGGUACCUAUUAUUAUAUAAAUAAAGUUCAAUUUCAUAGGUGUUGUUCAAUGCAUAAUUCGGCUGGAUUUAUGCAUUGGUAAAUUUUUAAAUGCCUAUGUGUUGAAUAAUAAAAAAGUAAAGAAAAAAUCUAGUAUUUUGAAACAGCUAAUAGUCAUGUGGUGUGAUUUUCGAUAUAUAUUAUUAUUGAUCUUAGAUUAAUUAAAUGGUCACGAAAUGAGUAAUGUAUAUGUCAAAUAAAAAAAAAAAUAAUGAAAAUUAUAUAAAAUGUAAAAGUGCAUUUUGAAAAUGUUGACAACAAUGUUGUAUUGUACUAUAAUUAUUUAAAUAUUAUUGAUGAUUAAAUCCUU